AUGGGCCUAGUUGAAGGGUUCCGUAUCAACGGGCUCGAUGGUGUUGGAGAUGGUAACAACUUGUACCCGGGAGGUCAGUAUUUUGACCCGUUGGGACUUGCUGACGACCCGGUUACAUUUGCUGAGUUGAAAGUGAAGGAAAUCAAGAAUGGAAGACUAGCAAUGUUUUCAAUGUUUGGGUUUUUUGUUCAAGCAAUUGUAACAGGGAAAGGACCAUUGGAAAACCUUUUGGACCAUUUGGAUGACCCUGUGGCUAACAAUGCAUGGGUCUAUGCCACCAAGUUCGCCCCUGGUUCAUAA